CCUUCCCCGGGCUGAAUGGGUGGGAGUUUCCUAACCGACAGGAAAGGGUUAAGCAGUUUAUAGGGUCCGGAUCGAUGCGUCCUCUCCCACACGUCGCCAUGAACAAAUGAAUUCGCGGGGAAUUAAAUAUCAAUUUCACAAAGGAGAAAGAGUCCUGUGCUUUGAACCCGACCCCACCAAAGCCAAAGUCUUGUAUGACGCUAAGGUCAUUGAUGUCUUGAUAGGUACAGAUGAACAUGGAAGAAGAAUCCCAAAGUACCUGAUUCACUUCAAUGGUUGGAACAGGAGCUGGGAUCGCUGGGCAGCAGAAGAUCAUGUCCUAAGGGACUCUGAGGAAAAUCGUAAAUUACAACGUAAACUGGCUCGCAAAGCACUAGGUCGCAUGAAGAGAAAGGGAUGGGCAAAGAGGCGUCGUCGUCAGUCUGGUACUAAAUCGUCUUUAAAGACUCUCCCAAAGGAGGACGACAGUGAUGACGCAUGUUUGAUUUCAUCUUCAGAGAGCAGUGAAGGGGACGAUUCUGACCCCGAAUCUUCAAACAGUGGGGACAGCACCUUCUCUGAGGACAUUAACAAAAUGCGGGUUGAACCAGACUUAAAUGUUAAGAGGGAAUGUGAGGAGAAGAUUGUGCAUGUUGACAUUAAUUUCCCUGAUAUUUUAAAGAAGAAAUUGGAGGAUGAUUGUUUUUACAUCAACAAGCGAAAGAAGCUGGUGAUGGUUCCUUGCCAGAUGAAUGUUGUGCACAUCCUAGAGUCCUAUGUAAAGCACUUUGCCAUCAACAAAGCUUUCAUGGCCAAUGAACGGUACCGACGACAGCAAAGCACAACACAGAGCACCAGUCCACAGCCAAUCCCUCCAGAAAAGAGGCAAGAGCUUUGUAAAGAAAUGGUUGACGGCUUAAGAAUUACGUUUGACUUCACCUUACCCAUGAUCCUCCUCUACCCAAGUGAACAAGCACAGUUCAAAAAAGUUAGCUCCACCAGGCUUUUCAUGGCCAUGAAUGAAAGUUCCCCCUGCUCCAGCAAUGCCCAGCGAGAACGCAGCCCAAGCCCAUUGGGACACAAUCCUCCUACCCCUCAGUCCACAGAUAGCCAACCAGCACUGAGCGACAUUUCUGCCACUACUCCCACAGCUCCAGCCCCCACCCCAAAGCGUCGGCGCCACCCUGACAUGGACUGUAUCUCAUACCAGUCUCAGUCCCUGAGACGCUCAACUAGGAACACAUCUGGAGGUGACCGCCCAGCUGAAGGAAGCAGUGGAGGUGGAGGCAGUGCCACAGCAUCCCCACAGCUCAAACGCCGUAUGGUUGACACCACAUCCCAGCCCAAAUUCUUCCUUAGUCUUGACAAAAAACUCUAUAUUUCUGCCUCAGAAACCCCAGUGCACAGCGGCUCAUCUUCCCCGUUACCCUUGACACCAAGCAAAGAACAAAGUGGUCCCUUCUAUGGCCUGGAGAGCCGGAGAAACAAUGAGCUUAAUGAGGUCUUAAGUUGGAAGCUCACUCCUGAUAACUACCCCUUGAAUGACCAGCCUCCUCCACCUUCCUAUCUGUAUGGAUCACAGCACCUUUUGCGGCUCUUUGUGAAGCUACCUGAGAUUCUGGGAAAGAUGCAAAUCCCUGAGAGGAACCUUCGAGCCCUGGUCAAACAUUUGGAACUUUUUCUCAGGUUUCUGGCAGAGUUCCAUGAGGAUUUUUUCCCAGAGUCUGCGUAUGUGUCUGCAUCAGAGGCCCACUACAGCAUGAAACAACCGAGACCAGUUUACUGAAGGAGAUGAUGUCCGAUGCAAUUCUCUCCUCUCGUGACUUCCUUCAACUACUCUUAACCUCUCUGUGUCGGCUCCUGCGCUGAGGAAUAACAGGAGCGUUCUCUGGAGUUUUUCCUGCUUUCUCAGACAUCUUUCUUCUCUUGUGGCCUCACGCUGCUUUUCUUGUCUUGUGGCACCAGAUGCAUUUACCAUGCCACUAACCCUCGCCUGUCUUUGUGGUAUUGUUCUGUCUGUGAAGCCUGUCCACACCGCCACGCUUCAGUUUACUUCUCCAAGGCAGGUGUACUGUGUUCCGCUUGCUGUCCUUUCCUCAUUGUCAUCUGUUAAAUGUUUAUCUGGCCCACAUGUUUUCAGACCCUGCUGAGGCCAGGCACCUCCAGCUUUAGCCUCUGAGACAUGAAUGGUUUACCACAAUUAAAAUGCUGGCAAUCACUCAGAGGAGGAGGCACACACCAUACUUGCUGUUUGUCAAAGCCUGUUCUCACCUGCUGGAAUAUUUUGUCCUGUACAUGGAAGAAGAGAGAUCACAGGUUUAAAAACUUUGUGUUCUUCUCCAAUAAACUUAUUUUCAAGGCAUUUUUUGCUGCUUUGAAGAACUUGGCCCCUUUUUGUGUAGUGUUUUUUUUUUGGCAGCAUAGCCAGAGUUCAUCUGGAUAAAAUUCCUCUUCCUGUUUUGGAUAUUUGCUUUCACUGAGCAAUUAUAGCAUUGUUACAUUUAAACACAUCCAGAAGUGUUUUUACCCCAGAACACAAUUUCAACACAAAAACACUAUUUGUAGUGAGGAACUGUAUUGUUUUCUUCCGUUGUCUUGCUUUUGCUGUUGUGAUGUGUGCCAAAAAUAUGAAUAUGAAUGAAGAUCAAUGUUCCUUAAAUGUCUUUAAGGGAAUUUUAAUCUUCAUUUAACCAGAACAAUACACUUGAUUUAGUUUGUACAGUAUAUGCAAAAAGGUUGUUUUGACCAGCUGAGUUCAGUGAUCAGAAAAUAAUGAUCGUGAUACACUCAAAUUCAUAUCUAUGCGUCUCGUCAUGUGAUGCCACUCAGGCAUCAGUCUGGUUAUUCACAUUAACAUGGUGAAAAUGUUAAUACUAAAUAUGAACUCUGUUUGUCAGUAUAUUGUAACAUUCUACUGUUAAUACCUCAUACUUUUAUUUACCUGCAUUGGUGAGCACGCACCCCACGAGAACCUGUUAAACAACACAUUUCAGUUUUCUGUUAGCUGUAAGCUUCUAUUGUUAUGCCCAGACAUUUACUUUGCAUAGCCAAGUCAUUGGUUCUCUUUCUUUUACUUGAAAUAAAGGUUUCCCUUUCGUUUAUGUAAGGAUGCCAUGAUUGUAUGUGCUUCUACUGCCCCAGCCACUUUCAGUUAUUGACGUCAUACCUGUGUGAUAUCCUGUCGUAUCCUUUCUGAUCUAAGAUGAGUUAGUUGGAAGCAUCAAAAUGUCAGCAUUUCAGUUACCUUGAAUUUGCAUGUCACUGGUCUCCAUGUGAUUAAAACUUUUAAAAAUG